AUGCCGCCGUGCCCCUCGCUCUCCGGUAUGAGCCGCCCGGCGGCGCUGCGCGCCGGCAUGCGCCGCGCCGUCGCGACCCGCGUGUCGUCGUACACGGGCGCGGACAUCCCGGCGCCCGCGCGCGGCGCAGGGCACUUCCUGCACAUCGACGACUUCACCACCGACGAGCUCAAGUCGAUGCUCGACCAGGCCGCACUGGUCAAGAAGACCUUCAAGGGCGGCGACACGUCGUUCCAGCCCUUCAAGGGCAUGUCCCUCGCGAUGAUCUUCGCCAAGGCGUCCAUGCGCACCAAGAUGUCCUUCGAGACCGGCUUCACCAAGCUCGGAGGCACGGCUACCUACCUCGGGCCUGACGAGGCCGGCGUGGGGAAGCGCGAGGCCCCGAAGGACGUCGCGCGCGUGCUGAGCCGGUACAACAACAUGAUCAUGGCCCGGCUGUUCGACCACGAGCACAUUCUGGAGCUGGCGCGCUACGCCGAGGUGCCGGUCAUCAACGGCCUGACGGACUACAACCACCCGUGCCAGAUCAUGGCCGACGCGCAGACGCUGAUCGAGGCCCGCGGCUCCCUCGAGGGCUCCAAGGUCGUGUACGUCGGCGACGGCAACAACAUCGUCAACUCGUGGCUCCGCCUCGCGGCGCGGUUCCCGUUCGAAUUCGUGUGCGUGUCGCCCGAGGGGUACACGCCGGACCCCGCGACCGUCGCGCUCGCGGAGAACUCCCCCGUGGGGUCGACGGUCCUGGUCACCUCGGACACGGACGCCGUGAAGGGCGCCGACGUCAUCUACACGGACGUGUGGGCGUCCAUGGGGCAGAAGGCCGAGGCGGCGGAGCGGUUCAAGAAGUUCCAGGGGUUCACGGUGGACGAGGCGAUGAUGGCCAAGGCCGGGCCGCAGGCGUUCUUCAUGCAUUGUCUGCCAGCAGAGCGCGGGAUCGAGUGUACCGACGGAGUGAUCGAGUCGGACCGGUCGAUCGUGUUCAGCGAGGCGGAGAACCGGAUGUGGGCGCAGAUGGGCGUCAUGCUGCACAUGAUGGGCGCCGGGCUGAUGUAG